AUGGAUGAGUACCACAACAAAGAGAAGAAGAAGAAGAAGAAGAAGAAGAUUAGCACGAGAGAAGAGAAGCAGAAAGUGGUGUGUGUGACUGGAGGGGCAGGUUACAUAGCUUCUUGGGUGGUCAAGCUCUUGCUUCAGCGUGGCUACACUGUUAAAGCCACCAUGCGAGACCCAAAUGACCCAAAGAAGACAGGACACCUUCUGGCACUUGAAGGGGCUAAGGAGAGGCUGCAAUUAUUUAAAGCGGACUUGCUGGAAGAAGGGUCCUUUGACUCAGUAGUCAAUGGGUGCAUAGGCGUUUUUCAUACUGCAUCACCCGUCUUGCUCUCAGUUGCUGACCCCCAGGCUGAAUUAAUUGAUCCUGCCCUAAAAGGCACCCUUAAUGUUUUGCGGUCAUGUGCCAAAGUCUCUUCUAUCAAGAGAGUGGUGGUGACAUCUUCUAUUGCUACGGUCUCGUAUAUUGCAAAACCUCUGACGUCUGGUGAUCUAGUUGAUGAGACUUGGUUUUCAGAUCCAGAAUUUUGUGAGAAAUCUAAGCUUUGGUAUGUUCUCUCAAAAAUCUUGGCAGAGAAGGCAGCCUGGGAAUCGGCAAAGGAGAAUGAGAUUGACUUGGUCACGAUUAACCCAGGAAUUGUCAUUGGCCCUUUGCUGCAGCCCACUGUUAAUCUCAGUGUGGAGGUGAUACUGAACUUUGUUAAUGGAGCGCAAACAUUUCCAAAUGAAUGUUAUUGUUUUGCUGAUGUCAGAGAUGUAGCGAAUGCACAUGUUCUAGCUUUUGAAAAUCCCUCAGCUUGCGGAAGAUACUAUGUAGUAGGAGAAGUCGCACCUUGUCAUGACGCCUUGAAGAUUUUGCAGAAUAUGUACCCAACAUUGCACCUUCCUGAUAAAUGCGAAGAUGACAAACCUUUCACAUCGAAGUAUGAAUACUCAAGAGAAAAGGCAGAAGCUCUGGGUGUCAACUUCACUCCUUUAGAGAUCAGUCUAAGAGACACCAUUGAAUCUUUACGGGAGAAGGGGUUCAUCUCGGUCUAGGCACCUGCUUAAAAACAGCACGACACUAGCUGAUAAUUCGAGGUUCCUUGCUUUCUGUCCUCCGUCACAUCCCUCAUACUCAUAUGUGCAGAAUAACCUACCCACA